CCAUCCCUAACCAUCACUUAUUUAUGAAUGUAGUCCAGGUUUACUGUCACAAUCCCUCAAUACGGAGCAGAUGGUUAGCAGUCCAAUAUUUUGAGGCAGAUCCUGUGUCAUUUCUGAAAUGAUACUAAACCUGAGUGAUUGGCAUACCUCAUUUGGAUAACCUGUUCCUGAUAAAUAAAUUAGGCUUUUGGUUGCGCGUAAAAAAAUAAGCCACAAUGUUUGUUUCAAGCAUUUUUUUUUUUUUAUUGUUUGUUUCUAUAAAUCAUCUUUAUUUUUUUUAAGGGUUAUGGAGUCACUGAAUAUUUUAAGAUAUUUGUUACUACUGGAAAGAAAGAGUUGUACUGGAAUAUGGACAGACUUGUGCGACACCGCAGACAGUUAUACAAAGUUACUACGAGUGUGUCUUAAAAUGUCAAAAUCAUACUAUGGAACAGAGUUAAAAAAUUUAAGAGAAAAUAAGAGAAUAAAGGCCAAAGAAUUUAAAGAGGCCUUUGGGAACCGAAAAGUCCAGAGCAUGAUUGUAAAUACUGAGAAGCUUGGCAGCAUGCCACGUGAUGCACAAGAUAAGGUUUUACAGUGCGCCCUGGUCACAUAUGACUUAAUGGAGAGCCUUGUGGUCCAUAUAGAGGAGAUCAUAGAGGGGAAUCAAGAAUGAAUAAAGUGGCACAAUUACUCCUUUCUAAACUUGAACACUCUAUUUAUUUAUG